GUGGCAUGGAAAAAGCAUUGACUGCACGCAAAAGAUUAUUGCAAGUCAAGGGAAGAUUGCAAGGUUGAGGAGCAGAAUGCUACGCUGUCUUACUGAACAACUUCACAGGAAUGGUUCCAUAUCUUGUGAGCUUCCUCCUUGGUCUGGAGAUGUGUUCCAUGCAUCAGCUGGCAGAGGUGAUGAUGAUGAUGAUGAUGAUGCAUCAGCUGGCAGAGGUGAUGAUGAUGAUGAUGAAGUGAGACAGAUGGAAGGCUCUCAGGAAAAGUACUUGAUGUAUUCGAAUCCAGAAAAUAACCAGAAUAUAGCUUCUGAUUCUGCUUAUGAAAAUCUUGAAAUACAAUCAGAACAGAGCACUCAACCUGAACAUACUGGUAAAAAUCCACCUGUUGAAAAGAGUGAUGAAAAGGAUAAUUACCAUGAAGCUAUUGUUCUAAAGCUACAGCCUUCAAGACCAGCUCCCACAAGGCCGCCACCAUAUGCUGUGUCAAGGAAAUUGAGCGAUAAAUCUGGGAGCGAAGUGGACCAUAACUUGACAGAAAAGGAUAGUAAACCUGGGGAGUUGUCCUCACCCGUCGAUGGAAGUCAGGGAGAUGAACAAGAUGCUUUGAUUGUGGAGCAACAAUUCCUACAAAACUGGGAUCCUACCCCAGUCCUCCAGGAGUUGUUCGGUAAUGUGCGUGCGCUACCAACCCCUCAAUUGCGAACUACAGAGGGUGGCUUUGAUGACAUCCGUAUGGCUGGAUACAUGGAGAAGCAGCCUGUCCGAGGGAGCCUGAAACGGGCUUCUGUAUUCAAAGGAUGGAAGAAACGUCACUUCAAAGCUGUUGGAGGCAAACUGUACUACUACGAGGAUCAUCGGGCGAGAGAACCAUUGGGAUCAGUGAACCUUAUCGGUUGUACAGUGAAAAAGACCGAUGACAAGCUUCUUGAAGUGAUUGAACAAACCCAAGAUGGCCGUUCAGUGAAGCUGAAGUGUUCAUCUGUAAAAGAGGCUGACGACUGGAAAGAAGCCUUGGAAGCAGAAUCUGCGGCACCUUUGGAGGGCAGUGUUGGCGUGGAGGAAUCUUCAGCCACCGAGGGUCUGACCAUAAUCAUUGACCUGGGAUCAAGUGCUGUUAAGGCUGGCUUUGCUCAGGAAAGUGCCUGGCCUCAAGUGAUAUUUCCUUGUGUUAUCGCCGUGGACAAAGAGAAUUCAGAAAACUGUAAAUAUGGAUAUGAAGCACUCCUUCCGGAGACAAGGAAGACGUCAAGAUUACACUUCCCCUUGAGAAAGUCACUGAAAAUUGACAAGCUCAAGAUUGAGAUAUUUGAUUUAACUGGAAUUUUUGAACACGUGUUUGAAAAACUCAGAGUUGAGCCAUCUAAACACAAGGUGAUUAUGACAUUGCCACAUGGCUGCGGACCUCAAGAAAAGGAGGAGCUAGUAGAACUACUGCUGUACACCUUUAAAGUUGAAGCAUGUUAUCUUCAGGAGCAAGCCGUUUUGUCAAUGUAUUCCUACAGUGCUAUUUCAGGAAUCGUUGUGGAUAUUGGUGAUCAUAUCGACAUCAUUCCAGUUGUGGAAGGAAGUAUGAUCGAAGCUGGUGUCACCAGACUUCCUUAUGGCGGCAGACAAAUUACAGACAGUUUUACGAGGAUGUUGACAGAGAAAGGCAUUCGGCUUUUCUCAGAAGUCGAGUCCUACAUUUCGCGAGCAAUCAAAGAGAAGGUAUCCCUUGUGGCAAAGCGAGAUGUUGAAGAGGAUUCGGAAUCAGACUAUACAAUGGUAGUGGAUCUGCAAAAAUACUCCUUACCAGAUGGCACGAGAAGAGUCACCGUGGACUCGGCUAGAUACCGCUGUACAGAAGGACUGUUCAAGCCGUCCGUUUGGGGCAAAGACAAUCCGGGUAUUCACCAGCUGACUGCUGACGCCAUCAUGGCUUGUAGUAUCGACAUACGGAAACAGAUGUGUCGGAACAUUUAUCUGAGUGGGGGAGGGUCCAUGUCUCCAGGUCUAGCCGAACGACUUCAAGAAGAAGUUUCUGAGCUGAUGCCUUCAACUUCCCAUGUGCAGGUUCACUCAGGACUUGAACGUCAGCAUGCUGCUUACAUAGGUGCCUCAGUGGUCGCCAAGCUUCCUCUGUUUGAAGAAUUGUGUGUCUUUAAAGAAGAGUGGGAUGAAAAUGGAUCAGAAGCGUUAGAAAAAUGGCUAACAUAGGAGCGGAACUCAUCAUCAUGGUCAACUAAUUUAAAUUAGAAAAUAAAGCAGAGGACACCUGUAAACAGUCACGCAUGCAUAAAUAAAUCGUGUAUGAGUUUA